UACCAAAUCCAAAAAAGCAAAAACUAAAGAAAAACCAAUGGAAUAAAAUAUUUCAUUUCAUUUCUCCAAAUUAACCACAUCGAUACAUUUAUUCUCUUCUCAUCCUUUUCCUCCACCAUCCCAACUCUUUCAUGGCUGUCAUGUUUCGGACAUUGAUUUCUCUCAACCUGUUGGUUGUGUUUUUCAUCUCUGUCUUACCUUUCUCUUCUUCCCAAUCUUCUCCUCAAAAUAUUGAAGUUUUCUUCCCUACUCAAACUCCACCGCCUACCCCUCAACCCAUCUCACCGCCACCCCCACUAAGACCACCAGAGUCACCACCGCCACUCCCACCACCAUCAUCAUCUUCAUCUUCUGGGGAUGACGACAAUAGUACUAUUGCAAAGGCAGUGGCUGCGACAGCCGGAAGCACUAUUUUUAUUGCCGCAGUAUUCUUCUUUUGCAUCAGAAGAUAUGUUCUUGCUCAGCGCAAAAGCGAGAGAGUUGGGGAUAGUUCCCAAGGAGGUCAGCCGAGGGUUCCACCAGAUGAGUUCGCUAGAGUUAAUGGCAACAUAAAGGGUUUAAUUGUAGAUGAAAACGGUUUGGAUGUUCUUUAUUGGAGACAGCUUCAGAACGGAGAUAACAAAAUUGAGUUCCGCCAAGAGGUUCUGCAUGUUCCAAAGGAUGAAGAAGAAGGUGGCGGUGGAAUGGUUAGAAAAGGAAGUCGAAGCAAGAAGGUAGAGCCUGCCAAUGAAAUUCCUUUGCUUCGUGGGAAAUCUUCGACAUCCCACGUUCCACCUCCUGAUGAUGAUGAUUCAAGUGAAAAUAUGGGUCCUUUAACUCCUCCACCUUCCUCUCAUGGGAUUGUGUUAAAAGCUGUCGAGAAAAUGGAAGCUCCGCUUCAAUCAAAAUUUGUGCCUCCACCACCUCCAUUACCGAUUCAAAGCAAUAAAAGUCCAGUGACACCUCAGCCUCCACCUCCACCGCCUCCACCUUAUAGAACUCCACCGCCACCGGUUCCAGCGAAAGGCCCUGCCCCACCACCACCGCCACCUUUUAAUAGAGUGGGUGGUUCAACUACGUCCUCUAAACCUCCGCCAGCAGCCAGAGAUAAGUCCAGUACGGGUAAACCAGGGGAGUCUUCUGGAGAUGGUGAGAAUAAUCAGGUGAAAUUGAAGCCAUUGCACUGGGAUAAGGUGAACAAGAAAAAUGCUGAUCAUUCCAUGGUGUGGGACAAAAUCAAUGGCGGGUCUUUUAAGUUCGAUGAUGAUCUUAUGGAAGCUUUAUUUGGAUAUGUAGCAACAAAGAGGAAAUCCCCUACUGGUGAUAGUAGCUCAAAGAACACACAGAGUGUUAACAAUGGCUCACCAUCACAAAUCAUGGUUCUGGACGCUCGAAAAUCACAGAACAUAGCAAUUGUGCUCAAAUCUCUAGCUCUCUCUCGUAGAGAACUCCUUGAUGCCCUCAAUGAAGGCCAAGGUCUUGAAGCAGAUACUCUUGAAAAGCUCUUGAGAAUUGCCCCCACUGAAGAAGAACAGUCCCAAAUCCUUGAUUUUGAUGGUGAUCCAACAAGACUUGCUGAUGCUGAUUCCUUUUUGUUUCACAUUUUAAAAGCUCUUCCCUCAGCCUUCACGCGCCUUAAUGCCAUGCAGUUUAGAUCAAACUAUGACUUGGAAAUUCUCCACAUGAAGGAGUCUUUACAAGCUCUAGAAUUAGGGUGCAAGGAGCUUCGUUCUCAACGACUGUUUAUGAAACUCCUCGAAGCAAUACUCAAGGCCGGCAAUCGCAUGAAUGCCGGAACUGCCAGAGGCAAUGCUCAAGCCUUUAACCUUACGUCACUGCUUAAGCUCUCAGACGUUAAAAGCACCGAUGGAAAGACUACUCUACUUCACUUUGUGGUGGAAGAAGUAGUCCGGUCUGAGGGAAAGAAAUGCUUUAUCAGCAGAAGUCAUAGCCUGACCCGCAGCAGCAGCCGAAGCAGCAGUAGCAUCUCUGGCAAUUCGACAUCAAAAGAGGAUAGAGAGAAGGAAUAUGUAACGCUGGGAUUACCAGUGGUAGGAGGCCUCAGUGCUGAGUUCACCAACGUGAAGAAAGCAGCCGCCAUAGAUUUCAAAAUAUUUUCAGGCACUUGCUCGGUUCUUGCUGCUCGUGUAGCAGAAAUCAAGCAGCUUGUAUUGCAAUGUAUGGCUGAUGGAAAAGGGGGAUUCGUGCAAGAAAUGAAAGGGUUUAUCGAAGAUGCCGAAGAGGAACUGAAGGUUAUAAGAGAAGAGCAAAAAAGAGUGAUGGAUGUUGUAAAAAGAACAACAGAGUAUUAUCAAGCAGGGGCUUCUAAGGAUCCUUUCCAAGUAUUCGUUAUAGUUAAGGACUUCCUAGCCAUGGUCGACCAAGUCUGCGUCGAAAUAGCUAGGAACCAACAAAGGAGGAAGUCAUCAACUGCAAAUUAUGGAUCACAAUCACCAAAUUUACAAGAAUCAAGAACCAAGAUGAGGUUCCCGGUUUUGCCAGCAAAUUUCAUGGCAGACAAGUCCAGGAGCAAUUCUAGCAAUUCGGACGCAGAUUCAUGAACAUGAGCAGAUAUUCAUCGGAAAGGCAAUGUACAUAGACAUCAUACGAAAGAUGUAGAUUUGGAACAAGUAUAGAAAAUUUGUUUUUUUGAAUUCUUCCAUUUGUUUUGUACUAACUUUUGAUCAAGUGGUAAAUAAUAUUGGAAUCCGAUUUUUCUGA